AUGCCCAUUAAGAAUGGCAGUGUGAUCACAGAAUUCAUUCUCCAGGGACUCACAGAUCGCCCAGAACUCCAGCCUCUCCUCUUUGUGCUAUUCCUGGUGGUUUAUCUUGUCACCCUCAUAGGCAACCUGGGCAUGAUCAUAUUAAUCAGACUGAACACUCGCCUUCACACCCCCAUGUACUUCUUCCUCACUAACUUGGCCUUUGUGGAUUUGUGCUACACCACAAAUGCGACCCCACAGUUGCUCACUAAUUUCUUAUCAGAGAAGAAGACCAUUUCCUUUGCUGGCUGCUUCACACAGUGUUACAUUUUCAUUGCUCUUCUCCUCACUGAAUUUUACAUGCUGGCAGCAAUGGCCUAUGACCGCUACAUGGCCAUCUGCAACCCUCUGCACUAUACUGUGAAAAUGUCCAGGAAAGUCUGCAUCUCUUUGGCCACUUUCCCUUAUGUCUAUGGCUUCUCAGAUGGUCUGUUACAGGCCAUUCUAACCUUUCGCUUGACCUUCUGUAGGUCCAAUAUCAUUAACCAUUUCUACUGUGCUGACCCACCACUCAUAAAGCUCUCUUGCUCUGAUACUUACAUCAAAGAACAUGCCAUGCUGAUCUCAGCUGGCUUCAACCUCUCCAGCUCCCUCACCAUCAUCCUGGUGUCCUAUGCCUUCAUUAUCGCUGCCAUCCUCCGGAUCAAGUCAGCAGAGGGCAGACACAAAGCAUUCUCCACCUGUGGCUCCCAUAUGAUGGCUGUCACCCUCUUUUAUGGGAGUCUCUUCUGCAUGUAUGUAAGACCACCAACAGAUGAGACUGUUGAGGAAUCGAAAGUAAUAGCUGUCUUCUACACCUUUGUAAGUCCGGUCCUUAAUCCGUUGAUCUACAGUCUUCGGAACAAAGAUGUAAAGCAGGCCUUGAAGAAUGUCCUCAGAAGAAAUAUGGUCACUAAGAUGGCAAUGCCUCCACUGGCCAAUAAACCAUGA